AUGGGGUGGCUGGGAAGACGGAGAGGUAUUCUACCCGAUUCCAUCAGCAAUCUCAAACACCUAAGGAUUUUGACACUUUACAGUUGCAAUCUAUUUGGAAAAAUUCCUUCUUCACUUGGAAAUCUUUCUUAUCUCACUGAUCUUGAUCUCUCGGUUAAUGAUUUCAAUGGCGGACUACCGGGUUCGGUGGGAUACCUGAACCUACUAACAGAGUUGCGUCUCGCCAAUAUCAGUGGGAACUUUCCUUCUGCACUACUCAAUUUGAGUGAGUUCACUUGGAUCGACCUUCGUUCUAACAAGUUCGAAGAUCGAUCCAACUCUCAGUCUUCCCUCGCCCAUAAAAUUCUUGGCUUUAUCGUCAUGCAGUAUUGCUGA